AGUCAAUCGAGUAAUCAUUGAAGUCAACACCGGCGACAAACAAGUACUACUUACCUACCACUGACGUAACCACAAAGUCAAUCCCGAUGAUAUUAUCCCGCCGUGACCGAGGCCCGGAAAUUUCCAAUUUCUGUUUCCACUUGCAACUCCAGUCGAAACGUGCAAGCAACCGUCAGCCAUCCACAAGCCGCCAGAAUGUCCUUCAGCCGAACAAGUCGAACCAUCGUCCGAAGCCCGUCACGCGCCGUGAUCCCUGCGCCGAGCUCCAAGACUCUCCUCAUUAGAUACAACACUGGUCCCAAGCGGGCGGAAACGCCCGAAUAUGUUGUCACGCCCGGCAGGGGUACCUACGAUACUCAAAAAGUCCCCAGCUUCAAGGACUACGAGACCCGCAAGUCACCACGGGUCCGUCAGAACAUCAGCUAUUUCAUGGCGGGAGCCUUGGGGGUCACGACGGCCAUUGGGGCUAAGGAUACAGUUUCGAGCUUCUUGGCAAACAUGUCCGCUUCGGCGGAUGUCCUCGCCCAGGCGAAGGUUGAGAUUAGUCUGGGUGCUAUUCCGGAGGGGAAGAAUAUCAUCAUCAAAUGGCGCGGCAAACCCGUCUUCAUCCGCCAUCGCACGCAGGAUGAGGUCGAGGAAGCUCGCAAGACAGACUGGCAGACUCUCCGUGACCCGCAACCGGACGAAGACCGGGUUCUGAAGCCGGAGUGGUUGAUCAUGUUGGGCGUCUGCACCCACCUGGGCUGUGUGCCCAUCGGCGAGUCCGGUGAUUUCGGCGGAUGGUUCUGUCCAUGUCAUGGAUCGCACUAUGAUAUCUCGGGACGGGCGCGCAAAGGCCCUGCGCCGACUAACCUUGAGGUACCGCAGUAUAGCUUUCCGACGGAGGACACCCUGGUUAUCGGCUAGAUGAGAGCAAAAUUGAGGUAGAAGAGACUCGAGCCGUUUGCAUGUCUUGCUAAUGUGUGAGGCGCCCGAGCACCACAUCACUGUAUGUCUCUAAACGCAUAAAGGACACAAACCAAGCCAGCCCAGAGAUGGAUGCAACAGCGAGACAGAUAACACCGGGAAAUGACAACAUGCUCAAAAACAACAGGUAG